UGAAAGGAGAAGUAGAUUUGGGUGUCAUCAGCAUACUGAUAACACCCAGCACCAAAUUUCCUGAUGACCUCACCCUGCGGUUUCAUGUAGAUAUUGAAAAGCAUUGGUGAGAGAAUGGAGCCCUGAGGGACUCCAUAUAACAACUCCUGCUUUGAGGAGCAACUGUCACCAAGCUCCACUAUCUGGGAUCUACCCGAGAGAUAGGAACAGAACCACUGCAAAGCAGUGCCUCCUAUUCCCAACUCCCCCAGGCGACCCAGAAGGAUACCAUGGUCGAUGGUAUUGAACGCCGCCGAGAGAUCCAAGAGGACCAACAGAGUCACACUCCCUCUGUCGAUUCCCCAGUAAAGGCCAUCCGUCAGGCUGACCAAGGCUGUCUCAACCCCAUAGCCCAUUCUAAAGCCAGUUAGAAAUGGGUCUAGAUAAUCAGUUUCUUCCAAAAGUUAGGUUGUUAGGUUUCUGGAGGAAAGGUACCACUAAGUCGAGAAGGAUGCCAGCAUGGCUAACAGAUACUGUCAAGGAAGCCAUAAAAGGGAAGAAGACUUCUUUCUGAAAUUGGAAGUCCUGCCCAAAUGAGGAGAACAGAAAGGAACACAUACUCUGGCAAAAGAAAUGCAAGGUGACAAUAAGGGAGGCAAAAAGAGAGUUUGAGGAACGUUUAGCUAAAAGCAUCAAAGGCAAUAACAAAAACUUCUUUAAACACAAUGGAUGCAGGAAACCUGCCAGGGAGGCAGUUGGACCAUUAGACAAUGAGGGAGUGAAAGGGAUUAUUGAAGAUAUGGAGGUUGCAGAGCAGCUAAAUGAGUUCUUUGCGUCCAUCUUCAUGGCAGAGGAUACUGAGCAUAUACCUGUUCCUGAACCAGGCUUUUUCGGGAUGGAGGCUAAAGAACUGAGUCAGAUAGAAGUGACAAGAGAUAAUGUUCUAAACUGUCUGGAAAAACUGAAAACUAGCAAGUCACCAGAGCGGGAUGGCAUCCAUCCAAGAGUCCUCAAAGAACUCAAAUGUGUAAUUGCUGGCCUCCCUGCUAAAAUAUAUAACUUAUCCCUGCAACCAGGCUCUGUACUGGAGGACUGGAAAGUAGCAAAUGUAACACCAGUUUUCAAAAAGGGAUCCAGGGGCGAUCCAGGAAAUUACAGGCUGGUUAGCUUAACGUCCAUUCCAGGCAAAUUGAUGGAAAACAUCCUUAAGGAUAAAAUUGUAAAGCAUGUACUGUAGAAGAACAGGCCCUGCUGGGUGGAAUGUGCCUGGGAGAGCAGGAAAGUGGGGUUGGUGUGGGGGCAGAAAUACCAUUGGUAGCGGGCAGAGGGAAAUACAGCGGUGGGAGUUGGACUGGCUGUCACAGGGAGAAAUGGUCCAGGCAACUGAGGCCUGUCCAUUUUUCCAGCUCUUCUCCCAACCCUGAGACCUCUGGGAGCUCUGAGAACACUCCCUCGAGAAUUAGGAUGCUGCUGCUGAAUGCCAAGUCAGUUAAUGCUAAAACAUCUCUCAUCCACAAUCUGAUUGUGGAUGAGCGUGCUGACCUGGUAUGUGUGACGGAGACCUGGGUGGAUGAGCUGGGCGGGGUUGGUCUCUCCCAGCUCUGUCCUCCAGGUUUCCUGAGUGUGCAGCAGCCCCGCCUGGCGAGUCAGGGAGGGGGCGUUGCAGUCAUCUAUCGAGAGACCCUCCCCAUUUCCAGGUGCCUAGUCAGGCAGUCACAGAAUUUUGAGUGUUUGUCCUUGAGGGUGGGUCUCCCAGAUAGGCUGGGGAUUCUGCUGGUGUACCGACCACCCCUCUGCAUUUCAGUCUCCCUACCUGAGCUGGUGGGGGUGGUCUUGGAGGUAGCGUUGGGUUCCCCCAAAUUUAUUGUUCUGGGGGAUUUCAAUGGCCACACUGAGGCCCCUCUAGUAGGUUUGGCUCAGGAUUUCAUGGCAACCAUGGGCCUGUCUCAAUUGGUAUUGGGCCCUACCUACAUGGCAGGACACACUCUGGAUAUGGUUCUUGCCGACCAGGGAAUAAAUGAUCUGGAGGUGGAGGAGUUUGAGAUAACUCCCUUGUCAUGGAAAGAUCAUCAUCUGGUGGGGUUUAGUUUGACUGCUCUGUCUGCCCUCUGCAGGGGUGGUGGACCGAUUAGAACGGUCCGCCCCCGGAGGCUUAUGGAUCCGCUUGGGUUCCAGAAGGCCCUCGAGGAGUUUCCAGUGUCCAGAGCUGGUGACCCUGUUGAGGCCCUGGUUGAUCUCUGGAAUGGAGAGACGACCCACGCUGUUGACACGGUUGCUCUUAAACGCCCUCUCCAGCUUGGCAGAGCCCGUUCAGCUCCUUGGUUUUCCUCAGAGCUUAGGAUGAUGAAACAACCUGGACAAGGGCUGGAACGACGCUGGAGGAAGAGUCGUGCUGAAUCCAACCAAACACAGGCUAGAGCCCAUUUUAGGGACUACUCCAUGGCGGUGGGGGUGGCGAAGAAAUUUUUUCUCUCUGCCUCCAUUGCAUCUGCUUAGUGCAGAAAAACAGAGCUGUUUCGUGUGGGAAAAACAUUGCUCCACACAUCCCCCCAGGUAAUGGGGGAGGAACCAUCCACAGCCUGCUGUGAUCAGUUUGCAUGUCACUUUGCAGAUAAAGUCGCUCGCAUCCGUGCUGACCUGGACUCCAGAGUUUUGGCAGUUCUGGCAGACGUGCCUCUGGUACUAUCUGGUCCUGUUGUGUUGGAUUCUUUUCAGUUGGUGCAGCCUGAGGAUGUGGACAAGAUCCUGUGCAGUGUGCGAGCGACAUCGUGCACUCUUGACCCUUGCCCUUCAUCGCUAAUAAAAGCUGACAGGGAGGGUACAGGCAGAUGGUUGGAGGUGAUCAUUAAUGCUUCAUUAAGGGAGGGCAGGAUGCCAUCGUGCCUCAAGGUGGUGUUGGUAAGACCAUUAUUAAAAAAGCCCUCCCUUGAUCCCUCCAACCUGGAAAACUAUAGACCUGUAUAUAACCUUCCGUUUUUGAGCAAGGUGAUAAAGCGUGUGGUAGCAUCCCAGCUGCAGAGGGUCUUGGAUGAUACGGAUUAUCUGGACCCUUUUCAAUCUGGCUUCCGCCCCGGAUAUGGGACUGAAACUGCCUUGAUCGGUCUAGUGGAUGACCUUCGCCGGGGCCUAGACAGGGGGAGUAUGUCCUUGUUGGUUCUGCUGGACCUCUCAGCGGUGUUCAUUGACCAUGGUAUUCUUCUGGACUGCCUCUUGAGUAUGGGAAUUGGAGGUACUUUGUUGGAGUGGUUCCAUUCCUUUCAGGGGGGUGAGUCCAGAAGGUGGUGCUGGGGCACUGCUGCUCGGCCCCGUGGCCAUUGGCCUGUGGGGUCCUGCAGGGUUCGAUUUUGUCCCCCAUGCUGUUUAACAUCUACAUGAAGCCACUGGGAGAGGUCAUCCAGAGACUUGGACUGAGUUGUCAGCAAUAUGCAGAUGACACUUAGCUCUAUCUCUCCUUGUCACCUGAUCCUAGGGAGGCGGUGGAUGUCCUGAAUCGGGGACUGGAGGCCGUGAUGGGCUGGAUGUCAGCUAAUAAACUGAGACUGAAUCCAGACAAGAUGGAGGCUCUAAAAGAAAAAAGGAUCUGUUCCUGUUAAUUUGCUGUCUGCAUGAGGGCCUGAUUAUGGAAGAAUGAAAGCUCCAAGGGGACCAGGGACACCGUCUUCACCCAGGGGUCAAGUCUCUGCAUCUCACCACCUGGAAAAUAGGAAUAUUACCUCAUUCAAUCGUCAACUACAAGUAGUUUUGACAGCUGCCAGAAAAUCCUCCACACAAAGGUCUUAUGCUGCCAAGUGGAAAUGCUUUUCGAAGUUUAUGGAGCCCAGAACUGCUAAUCCUAGUAAGGCUCCUCUUUCACUGAUAUUUGAUGACUCUUGAUUCUAAAAUGCCGUGGGUUAUCACACUCCUCAUUGAGUGUCCACCUGGCAUGCCACACCUGGUUUGUUUUCCCACAAGCUUGUUAAGAAGUUCCUUAAGGGCAUGCUUCAUAUGUUCCCACCCGCUCCUAAGUGUCUCCACCACCCCUGCACUCCGGCAUUUACUGUUAUUUCUGCUGGGGUUUGUGAUUACUUAGCAAAGCGCCAAGGAAGCUCCCACUCCAGUUACAGAGCACAGAGUUUAGUUGUUGCACCUAUUUAAGUAAUAUGAGCGUGGAGAUCACUGCAGAGUCUAAACUAAAUUGAUUUAUUGGUGAAGUACAUUUGAGAUAGGAAAGACCUAUCCUAUCUAUCAGCUACAUAAUGGAUAGGUAGGGGGAAAAGAGAGAGAUGUUUCCAUCUUCUCUCUAGGAGGAAAGGAAGAGGACUGACUCACUACAGGAAGUACCUGAGGAGUCAAGACAGGGGUCAUAGCAUAGAGGCAAGUAGGCAGAGGCGUAACUGAGGUGAGGCAGGCAGGGCAUGUGCCCUGGGCGCCACAUGGGGGGGGGCGCAAAAGUGCCAUGUGGACUCCAGCGCCACCCCACCCCACCCAAAAUUUUACUUUAGCUUGGGGCAUGCCCGCCACUGUGCUGCUGGCAGCGCCCCAGCGAGCUCAGCUCCGACUGGGCACCACACUGCCUGCCCGACGGACCUCCUUCCUCCACCUGGAAUGCCUGGCCCCACCCCCACGCAUGCGCCUCUCAUCCAGUCGCACCGCACGUGCUGCUUCAUUGCACGCUGAGGUGGUGAGAGAGAGAGCGUGUAUUUGCUGCUCCGGGAGGAGAGGCAGGCUGCUGCUGCGCGGGGAGCCCGAGGAGGAGGAGGAGGACGACGACGACGACAACGACAACGAGACCUGCUGCCAGUUUCUCACAACUACAAUAAAGUUUGCAGUGCAUCCAAGACCAAGGGCCACUACAUGGUUCUGUCCUACCACCUUAGUCCAGCAUUACACACUAGAUGUCCACUCUAGAUCUCAAGCAUCCUUUGGUGCCUCCGUCAUACACUCUGCUCUCCACUAAGUCUUCUCCACUUUUGGCUGCACCCUCCAUCCAGAUCCUGCCACUGUAGAUCUGAAAGCAGCACUGCCUCCUGCAGUCUGCUGGAAAAAGAAUAUCAAGAGGAAGGGAAGAGAUGUAUAACCUGCAUUUAGGGAUUCAGUAGUCUGCCAAACAGCAGGAUAACCAGCUUCCGCUGAUGAGGGAUUUCAUCAGUGUAAUUGAAAAGAAUACACAGCACAGUGCAGAGGACAGAAGGAGGUUAAUCAGUGCUCUGGAAAGGAAUGCAAACCUACUGGAUGAUGACUGGCACAUUACUCCUUUGCUGACAGAGCUACACUGACUGCCAAUAGGUUUCCAGGCAAAAUACAGGGUGCUGGUUAUAACCUAUAAAGCCCUAAACGGCUUGGGCCCUUUGUAUUUAAAAUAAUGUCUUCUUCAUUAUGAGCCCCACCGCCUGCUGAGGUCAUCUGGAGAGGGCCGUCUCCAGUUGCCACCAGUUCAGCUGGUGGCCACACCGGGGCAGGCCUUCUCAGUUGCUGCCCCGAGAUUGUGGAAUGCGCUCCCUACUGAAAUACGAUCCUCUCCAUCUCUGACAAUUUUUAAAAAGCAUUUGAAAACCCACCUCUUCACCCAAGAUUUUCCAGCUUUUAAAAUUUUUACGUUUUAAUCUGUGUUUGAUUUGAAAUCAUCUAUAUUGUUUUAAGUCUCUGUGUAUGUUUUUAACUUGUUUUAAUGUUAUUGUUAACUGCCCAGAGACAGAAGUUUGGGACAGUGUACAAAUCUGAGAAAUAAAUAAAUAAUCAACCCAACAGUGAUACUUACAAGUGCCCUAGAAAUGGCAACAGCCCUACUGAUCUGAGCAUGCGCUCUUUUGAAACUGAUCAUGGAAGUGCACUGCCUGAUUGAUCAGUCAUCCACUUCACCAGCAGCAUCCAACACAACAGAAAGAUGGCUCCUACCCCUUGCAGAGACAUGCAGAUACUGAACUGGAAUGGGAGUUCUAUGUUUAAUGCUAGAAAUAAGCUUCUACCAUUUCAAAACCCUUAUUGCCAAUACCAAAACAAUACCUCUAUUCUACUCCCUACAGAGAGGAAAAAUGCAGGGGUAUACUCUGUGUGCCUUGUAGGUAUAUAGUGUGGGUACAUAGUAAAGCAACCCAGAUGUUUCAGUCAGAAAUCCACACAAGUAUUGAUAGAGUUCAAAGCUAAAGAUUUAUUUCAGCACAAUAUAAAAGUUAUAUUUUCCCCCAAAGUAAUCAUCUUAGAAAAACCUUA